AUGGCGAAAUUUAUGUUCACCUUCUCCUCCACUUCAAGAAGGGUCAUCCCAGUUCCAAACUCUCCUCCUCUUCCCAUAUACAUCAAAGCCACAAACUUCGUUUUCAACCCUGAUAUUCCAGAUUUUCAUCGAGGUCUUGGAGUUGAUGAUUUUGUCAAUUUCUUAGUCUCCUGCCGAUUUCAAUACGGAAUCAGCAACGUUCCAUCAGAGUUCUUUCCCAAACAAGUAUGUGAGUUCUACUACACUGCAACGAUUAAUGAUGAAAACAACAUCAUCUCCGGGACUAUUGGCCGUGGCAGACACUCAGUUUUUAUUACCGCUGACCUCCUCAGUGCUGCGCUCAGGUUACCAAUCUUUGAACCAUUCUCUGAGCUUCCACCUAUUGAACGCUGUCGACGCCUAUUUGAUCAACUAAGAUAUGAUCACUCAAAGGCUGGUACUCGAUCAGCUCUCAUUCGGCAUCAAUGUAUGACUCCAGGAUGGAAGUUCUGCAGCGGUGCUCUGUGCAAAUGUGUGGGUCACAAAUCUCGCAGUGGUGAUCAACUGAGCACUUAUGAGCAACAAGUCAUCUGUUCCCUUCUUCUCAACAAACGACUUGAUUAUAGGGCUUUCUUCAUUGAUCAGCUUGUCCAACUUCUUCGUGAAAAUGUACGCUCUGAUCAUGUCCCCUUUCCACGCUGGAUUGCUCUUGUGCUAGAUAAAUUUUUCGCUGAAGCUUACUACUCCCACUCUGGAAACCCCAUCUAA